AAACAAGCAUUAAUUGGGCGUGGCUUGGUGGUUAUCUAAUAGAAAAUGAAAAAAACUGGGGAAGGUAUGGAGUCAGCUUCAACAAGUACAGUAGUUUCAAUCGAUGGUGGCACUCUAGCUUCUCUUCUGUUCAAGUUAAAGAACUCACAUGGAGAUGCAGAGGGUUUCCUAGUCGGGGAAGUAUGCAGACGCUGUGUGGAUGCAAUCACAGACUCACAAUCGGCCGGAAUUCGAGAAGAGAAAAAAUUACGCGUCCUCUCCUUUAUUAUCUUCAACAAGCGAUUCAGGUUUUACGAUCAUUUUGGAAGACCGGACCUCGCCAGUAUCCAAACAAUAUUAGGAUCUCAGUACAAGCACUUGAUAGGGUGGUUCUCGUAUCGAUGUAACACUAGCCAUCGAAUCUCACUGAGAGAGAGAUCUGCUCACCGCAAACUUUUGGAGAAACUCACGGAUGUUGUGAAUAUAGACUUCUUAUUUGGGCUGAUCACAGAGGGUUUGUUGGAGCAGACUCCCAUACAGUCCACUGAGUAUUCUUUCCACACUUGGAACGGAAGCUUUCGGAGUAUGGGUGUGGAGGUGGUCAACUUGAGAGCCUCAGGCACUGUGCCCUACCAGACCAUGGCCAUCUCACCUGACCUGGUUCAUGACUCUGAGUAUGCAGCCAUACUGCAAAGUCAAAGCUCUCUCUUUAUGAGUCCUGAUGGGAAAGUGUUGCAAGCUACAACUGUGGAAGGACUCUAUAGAACUAUGCUCAACAGAUUAGAGCCGUUACUCUCCAAGUUGACAGACUCUAACACUGAGAUCAUUGCACUCGAUCAAGAAGUGACAAGGCUACAAGAGCUAGCGGAUGAGCUUCAGAGAGAAAAGAGCGAAAAGAAACCUCUUAAAGAAGACGGCUCUAUACAUACCAACAAUGAGGCUACCAAUAUAAAACCUAUCAACCUAAUAGACUUAAACAGCCCCAGAGACGGUGACAAAAACUUAUGCACGCCCCGUGAACAAAGUGUCGAUAUUGAGCCACCGAUCAUUUCUCACGACAUCUUGAGUGAGAGCAUCUUAGAGUCCUCACUGAACUUGCAAGCUGAGCUGUUACAACCUCUAGUUGUAGAGGACAAAGAAGAGACGACUAGUGGUAGUAGUCGACAUGAACCCAAUAGCAGUUUUAUUCAACAAUCACAGGAACUGUUUUGAUUAUUAAUUUUUUAUUUAAUUUGUGCAUUAGAUAAUUAUAGCCGCGGCUUGGUCCCGAUAAAGAAUUGAUUGGUUGGAA